AUGGGGUCGUAUUCGCUUCAAACAAUUGAGCUUUUGAAGAAUGAGAUUCCAGUGGAGCAGGACUCUCUUCUUCUCUCCGGUGAUGUAAAAACCGGUUUAGUUCUUGUUGACAUCGUUAAUGGAUUCUGCACCGUUGGUUCCGGAAAUCUGGCUCCGCAAGCACCAGAUAAACAAAUUUCAGGAAUGGUUGAUGAGUCAGUGAAGCUCGCCAAAAUGUUUUGUGAGAAGAAAUGGCCUAUAUAUGCUUUACUUGAUUCUCAUCAUCCAGAUAUUCCCGAGCCUCCAUAUCCUCCUCACUGUAUAGCUGGAACUGAUGAGUCAAAAUUGGUUCCUGAUUUACAGUUUUUGGAAAAUGAACCUAAUGCAACGCUAAGGUGCAAAGGAUGCAUUGAUGGGUUUCUUGGUUCAUUUGAGAAAGAUGGAUCCAAUGUCUUUGUGGAUUGGGUGAAAACCAACGAGAUCAAAGCCAUACUGGUUGUAGGGAUAUGCACAGACAUUUGUGUGCUUGAUUUUGUUUGCUCAGCACUUUCUGCAAGAAAUCGUGGACUUCUCACUCCAUUGAAGGAUGUGAUUGUGUACUCUCAUGGUUGCGCUACUUUUGAUUUUCCAAUUCAUGUUUCCAGAAAUAUCAAAGGUGCUCUAGCUCAUCCACAGGAACUUAUGCAUCAUAUAGGACUCUAUAUGGCUAAAGGAAGAGGAGCCAAGGUGGUUUCUGAAGUCUCGUUUGGUACCGAGUAG